AUGAUCUCUGGGCCGAUAAUAGUUAUGACCGGUACACCCGGUACCGGAAAGACCAGUACGGCCCAGCUUCUCGCCGCAUCUUCUGCGUCCCUCGACCCCCCAUUCUCGCUGCGGCAUAUCAAUGUCGGCGAUCUAAUCAAGGACAAGUCACUACAUGACGGGUGGGACGAAGAAUGGCAGAGCUGGAAUGUGAACGAGGAUAAGCUGGAGCGUAUUAUUGAGGAACGACCAGCUGGCGAGGGCUUAAUACUGGAUUGGCACACUUGCGAUGCCUAUCCUGAACGAUGGGCAGACUUGGUUGUGGUUUUGCGCUGUGAUCAUACCACGCUCUGGGAGCGAUUAGAGAAGCGAAAUUACCCCCUGAACAAAAUUCAAGAAAACAACGAGUCAGAGAUCAUGCAAGUCGUUCUAGACGAGGCACUGUUGAGCUACCCGGCGGAAAUUGUGGUCGAACUCAAGAGCGACACACCGGAGGACAUGGAGAACAACGUGGACAGGAUAUUGCAGUGGGCAAAAGUGUGGCGGGAGGAGAGAGCACAAGAAGAAGAGAGGUGA